AUGGGGAAGGAGGUGUGGGAGCUCAGGAAGGAGGAGGAGGGAAGCGCAGCCAAUGAGAGAGUGAGGGGGCAUGACUGCACCCCAUUAUCCCCUGGGGGCUGUGACCACAUGUGGCCAGUGGUCACACUUCCAUCCUCAUGCCACCCCACCUGGGCAGGCCACCUACUCACCUCUCAUGAGCUCCAUGUGCUUUCAGCUUCACCAGAGUGGGUGGGGGGGUCCAUGGGGAUCAACCUGGGGACCCUCCAUUUCACCAAAGCCUCACCCUCAGCCCUUGGGGAGAAUGAAUGGCUAAUCCACUGA